AUGGGUGACAGGAGACGACUGUACAACCUCCAGUCGUCCAGGGGAGACGGUCACCUUGUUCAGUCCGUCAGUGACGACUAUGACGACGAAGACCUCCUCCUGUCUGGCUCCCGACGACAAUCACCUUCUUUCAACUACAUCAAACUCUGCGUCAUAGUCUUUUCUAUUGUCGCUAUUUUCUCGUCUGGCUUUUUCUCUCACAUUUUGAUAGUCAGCUUCGGUAAACCAGCCUCAGAACACAAGAUAGACAAUAUAGCCAGCGUUAUAGACCCCGCCAAGAUAAGGGAGUAUCACAUUGAACUUACAAAGAAUACUCAUCUCGCUGGCACGCCCAGAAACUACGAACUUGCCCAGUACAUCGCCAACAAAUUCCACGACUUUGCCUUUGACAGUGUCGAGUUAAAAAACUAUUCAAUCCGGUUACCAUAUCCAGACAAAAGCAAGCCGAAUGUGGUAAAACUGUUUGAUUCGUCAGGUGUUGUGAGGCACACUUGUAGAAGGAUAGAGAAGCCAUUGACCGACUUCGAGAAGAAUAAUCCCACCACACCCCUGUUUAACGCUCACUCUAAGCCAGGAACUGUGAAGGGGCCUGUUGUUUACGCUAACUAUGCUUCUAAGUCUGAUUUUAAGUUGCUGCAAGAUCAAAACAUCACUUUAGAGGGCAAGGUAGUUCUAGCACGAUACGGUGGAAUAUUCCGUGGGAACAAAGUGCAGAAUGCAGCUGAAGCUGGAGCCCUGGCAAUUGUCCUGUUCAAGGAUCUAGCUGACCCUGGAAACAAGGAACGGUUUCCUCUGUCUGAGUUCGCCCCUAGUUCCUCCGGGGAGCGGGGCACUGUCGGCCUCUCAGACGGAGACACAGACACACUCGGCUGGCCCUCAGUGGAGAACAGUUUCAUUAAAGCAGACGGAGAGUUGUAUUCAGCUGCUAUCAUAUCACAGCCUAUAACUGGAGACGAUGCUAUGGUGCUGCUCCGAGCCUUACCAGUGAACAUGGGUUAG